AUGUUUCUAUUUCAGAAUGUGGGUAAUCGUUCGUAUGGUUCUAAUCAUAUUCGUCGACGUCGAAGUCCAUCAAAUGCUAAUAAUUUAAAAUUUAAUAAAAAUUUAGAAAAUCGUUUAUAUGGUUCUAAUCAUAUUCAUCGACGACGAAGCCCAUCAAAUGAUAAUCGUUUAAAAUUUGACAAAAAUGUAGAAAGUGGUUCAUAUGCUUCAAGUAUUCGUCGGUGUCGCAGUUUAUCAAAUGCAUCAUCAGUUUACGAUUAUCCCCAAAUGAAUUCUUCACCUAUUAAUUUACGAAAAUAUAGUAGAUCACCUACAGAACAUCGUGAAGCAGAAGCUGUUCGUACAGCUACAAUAAUUGAUGAAUCGAAAAAAGUUCCAGAAGAUAAUGUUUACUGCAGUUGUGACGAAGGGUAUUGA